AUGAGUCAAGAACCUAUUAAAAAGAGAAUAAAACUAUCAUUAGAACCUGCCAUUGACAAUAAUGUGGUUGAUAUUACAAAUGCAGGACAAGAAAUUUUGAAAACAGACACCUCGUUGCCAGAAAAAUUGAUGCAAUCCGUAGAUCGCAUUUGGUUUGAAAGAGGCGAAUGGAAGGACAUUUCAGAGAAAUCACUCAUGGCUUCCAUCCAAAGACGCCAACAACAGCCUGAGCAGGAGCAAGACGGGGAGCAACAGGUGCACACAGAGAACGCGCUACCGUCGCAAUCAUUACCGCCUGGAUUCGAUAUUGCCAAACUACGAGAGUCUGUCAUCAACAAGCUGUUUCAUGCCAAGAGUGAGAUUGACGUGGCUCUGGAUGUCAUCAAUAUCCUAGCAGCAGGCAAUCGUGGAUCCUCGUCAGCCGCUGUCAAAGACCUCGUUUUACCUGCUGGAUCACUGACCGCUACCUACGUGACAAAACCCAAGCAGACAACCAAAGCACAGCUUGAGUCAGUGCAGCUGAACCUCGGCUUGAAGAGAAAGAAACAGAAGCAGGCUUCCGAUUUCCUCAAAAAGAGCGCUGCAGCAUUGAAGCGUCUUGUGGAAAAGGAGCAAGUGUUUUGGGAUGAGGCAUUGGAUCUGCGUAGAAACAAUUGGCACAUGCAAGCAAAUAGCAAUGCGGGCACCUCUUUUUUUGUGCAGUAUGGAUAUACCGAAGUGGGCUCUGAUUUCAACGAGCAAUCCGUGGGCGAGUUGAAACGUUCCAAUGAGGAGGACGGCGAUGAGAAGGAGGGCUCGAAUCUGCUACAAAUGUCACUUCCACAUGGUACCUGUCGCAAAGUGGCAGUGCGUAUCAGUCAAAGCCAUAUGGGCAAACUAGGGCUUGGCGGUCAAAAUGAUUUCUCGGAAGGCAUCUUGGGUAUUUUGGAAGGAGAAGGUGCAUAUGCAGAUCAGGAAGACAAGGAGAGGAGCACUUUAAAGCAAGGAAAAGAGGGGGUUCAUGCAGUCAAAGUCUACUCCAACACGACAUCGCACAGCAAAAUACAGAAUCAACUUGCAGAGGCACAUUCAACGGUGUUUGACGCUGAGCUGUUCUCGGAUAUUCUAGCUGAAGCUCAGGCAUUGAGUAGCAAUGUGCGAUUCCCCGACGACGAAAUAGUCAUCAACAUUGAUGGCCAAAUCGAUCUGCAUGUCUCUAAAGUGCCUGUCAUUUCGGCACCCAACAAAGCAUCCAGUGCCAACAAACUCACAUCGCAGCAGAUCAUCAGUCAAUCCAUUGACUUGUCCUUUCGACUGCUGCUCUUGCAACACCAACGAUUCAACCUAUGGAAGACCAAGGCAAGGAUCUUGUCCAGCAAUCACAAGGUCCACCAAUUGCUGAGUGAUACGGCUGUGGCUGCAUCCACUGCAUCCUCGGCUGCUACUCCUACUGCUACAACCAAUGCACCUACACCAACUCAAUCUGGCAAUGGUACGACUGGAACACCAGCUCCCACCCCCACCACUGCUACUUCUGGUAAUGUGCUACCCGUCGUCGGAACAAACGGUUCCGUAUCCACCGCUACUAGUCGUGCACGGACAAGACUUGCUAUGGCUGCGAACAACAGUGCAACUGCUACUGCUCGUGAUCUUCCAAAGCACAUUCCCAUCCUAUUGCCAAUCAUAUCUCUCACGCGAUUUUGGGUGCAGUUCGAUAGAAUCAGACAUGUCACCAACAAAAUCAUCCGCGAAUACCGCAAUCUAGCGAUGACGGUACAUUACACAUUUGCAGACGACAGCCACUCCAGUCAAGUGAGCAACAAGGAGACAAGACCCUACGAUACCUAUCCUGGUUAUGGACAAGUGGCAUUGUGCUUAGGGCUCGCUAUAUUAAGAGGCCCAUCUUUACAUUUCAACCUAAGUCAAUCGGGUUCCAUUUCCGUGUGCCUUCCACAAACAACGGUUGUACUUCAGAACGUAUCCGAAUUCGAGGCUUUUCUAUCACGAGAGAUUAAAGUCAUUUGUUUGCGUACAGUGUGUGAUGUAGCAAAUGACAUGAUCAAAAGCCAGCAAUUAUGGCAGGUCGAUCAGGUAGAUGAGGCUAUUCACGGCUCCAUUUGGUGGCAGCAGCAGAGCAUUCCUCAUUGGCGAACCAUCACUGUACGCUUGUUGAAUUCCCAUCUUGAAUUCAAACUAUCGACUACGGCUACACCACAAGAGCUGGAAGACAAGAGAGUGUAUAUGCUCGAAUUGAAUCAAGUCAUCACACCCAUGCAUUUCAAAGAAAGAGUCUGUGCCAUUAUCAAGCAAAUUACUCUGGACGCACAAAAAGAACAAUAA